AUGGCGAUAGCCAUGGGCUGGCACAAACCCGACAAUGUCGCCGGCUCCUCCGCCCCGGCCAUCAUGGUCGGCCUGUUCGUAGCGACCGGUGGUCUGCUGUUUGGAUACGACACUGGCACCAUCAAUGGGAUACUCGCCAUGGACUCCUUCAUCAAACAAUUCAACACCGGCUAUAUCGACGACCAAGGAGACCCGACCCUUUCGCCAGCACAAAUAUCCAUCGUCGUCGCCAUAUUGAGCGCUGGGACCGUUGCCGGUGCGCUCAUCUCUGCGCCCUUCGGGGACUGGAUCGGCCGUCGAAUAUCCAUCAUCGCUUCAGUCGGCGUUUUCAUUGUCGGUGUUAUAUUCCAGAUCUGCGCCGAUGCCAUUCCGAUGUUAUUAACGGGCCGGUUCUUUGCCGGCAUCGGCGUGGGAGCCGUUUCGGUCCUCGUGCCCCUCUACCAGUCUGAAAUGGCUCCGAAAUGGAUUCGAGGUACCUUGGUGUGCGCGUAUCAGUUCUCCAUCACAUGCGGCCUUCUCUCAGCGUCCAUAGUCAACCUACUCACAAGCAAUUUGCACGGCGCUCCUGCCUACCGCAUUCCCAUCGGCCUCCAACUUACCUGGGCCUGCGUCCUCUGUCUAGGGCUGUUGAUUUUGCCAGAAACUCCACGAUACUUGAUCAAGCGUGGGGACAAACACGCCGCCGGCCUGGCUCUGAGCCGCCUCCGACGCCUCGACAUAACACACCCGGCACUUGUCGAAGAACUCGCCGAGAUCGAAGCGAACCACGAAUACGAGCUCACCCUGGGCUCUGCAUCAUACCGCGACGUUUUCACAGGGUCUCCACACCUCGGCCGCCGUAUACUCACUGGAUGCGGUCUUCAGAUGCUGCAACAGCUCAGUGGUAUCAACUUCAUCAUGUAUUACGGAACGACCUUCUUCCGGAACGCUGGUGUUUUGAACCCGUUUUUGAUCUCCCUCAUAUUGAACAUCAUCAAUGUGGUCUCGACAGUGCCCGGAUUGUUUGUGGUGGAAAGCUGGGGCCGUCGAAAGCUGUUGAUGGUUGGGGCGAUAGGAAUGGCAAUUGGUCAAUUGAUUAUUGCCAUCUUUGCGUCGGUCGGGGGUCCCAACAAUGAAGGGUUGGCAGCGAAGCUCCUCAUGAUAUUUGUGUCUUUGUUUGUGUUCUUCUACGCCGCAUCGUGGGGUCCGGUCGCCUGGGUCGUCACCUCCGAGAUCUAUCCUCUCAAGGUCCGAGCCAAGUCGAUGUCGAUCUCAACUGCCUCUAACUGGCUAUUCAAUUUCGGUAUCGCCUACGGUACACCAUUCCUGGUCGAGGAACGUGCAGGGUAUGCAUCUCUGGGAACCAGAAUCUUCUACAUUUGGGGAGCGUUCUGCAUCCUUGGUGCUAUCUUCGUCUACUGCAUGAUAUACGAAACCAGCAAAAUCAGUUUGGAGCAGAUCGACGAGAUGUACGAGCGUGUUCCGUUUGCGUGGAACAGCAAGAAGUUUGAGCCUAGUUGGAGCUUUCAGCAACUGCGCGAUGAUGGGUUUGCGGACAGUGGUAUCCCGCCACUGGAACACGAGCUGCAACCAUCGGUUACAGGUUCGACUACCGACUCGAGCAUACAGACGAUACAUACGGAUAUCGAUCCCCAAGAGAACAUGUCCGAAGAGGACAAGGAGUUACAUCGAUUGGGAAUGGGUACCGUCGAUUUCAGCUACUGA